AUGGCUCUCUACAAAGUGAUCUGUGUGGCAGCUCUGCUGACUCUACUGGCAGCAGACAGUGACCGAAUAGACAUUCUCAAUGAAAAGAUUUUUGAGAUUGACACUUUAAAGUCUCACUCUGAAGCAAAUGAGGACAAGACCCCUGACAUCACCUCAAACAGAACAUUAAGACAGAAGAGAUCUUCCAGCAUCCCGGGAGCUACCUCCAACCUGAAAUGGGUGUAUAGGCGUUCCGGUCAUCAUGUCCCUGACGGAUCUGUGUUAUAUCACAACCCCUAUGAGAAUCGUUAUGACUACAUCUGCAGAUGCGGUUGCUCAGCUGGUUUCAACACCAGAGGAAGUAAUACGUGCAACUAUGCCUAUGGUGACUCAGAACGUAAAUGCACCUCCUUUAAUGUCCUGGUGAACAAAGACAACUUUGAGUAUUUGGAUUGGAGGGAUGGCUCUUAUGGUUCUGUGCCUACAAAUUCAAUCAAGACCUGCUCCAACGGUGACACAUAUAUUGGGAAGAACAAGUAUGGUCUUGGAAAGGUGUCUGUUAAACACAAGGCCUUCUUCCUUCCCUGGAGAGGUUCUGAGUAUUGGUACAAGUAUUACCAGGUCCUGACCUUUUCCAAAAAAGUUGCAAAAGUGCAAAUGUCUGAUGUCAAGUACAAGGUAAAUGAAGCUAAAAAAUUUAGUUAUCCCCCAGAGGUCAUGACCAAGGCUACCACCAUCAACCAUCAGUGCAGAAUAGUUAAAAAAAUACCUCAUCUCCAUAAAGAGUAUGAGGAAGAGAAAAGGUGGGACAGUAGCACUGAAAUAUCAGUAGGUGUGACAGCUUCCUUUGAAGCCAAAAUCCCAUUUGUUGGCUCGACAGGUAUUGAGAUGAGUGCUUCGACAACAAAGUCAUUCUCCAAAGGGAACUCCAUAAUGGUAAAGAAAAGCCUCGGUCUUGAUGUGGAGGUUUGGGUCCCACCAAACCACACCUGCGGUGUCAGAAUUAUGGGACAUAAGUACAAGACGGUAAUCCCUUACACAGCACUCCUCACCCGCACAUACCCCAGCGGGUCAAAAAGAUCAACAACCAUCUCUGGGGUAUUCAAUGGUGUCAAUGUUAUUGAUUUCGUAACUCAUGUAGAUCGCUGUAUUCCUAUACCCAAUGUAAAGCCAUGCCCUUUAAAGUAA